AUGAUUGACAACUUCACACCUCCAACAGACAUCAAAAGUAUGCAUCGUCUCCAAGUGCUAAAACUAAAUGACAUACGUGUCUCCAACAUUAGCAACAUGAUGCAAGCUUGGAAGGAAUUCUCAGACAUCAAGCACUUCUAUUUCCAGUACAAUUAUGUAAACGGAAUUUUAGACUUGUCUAGUAAUAACUUGUCAGGCACAAUACCUCAAGAAUUAGUUAUGGGAUGCUCUUCUCUGUAUUUUCUCAAAAUAUCAGAUAAUAAAAUGCAAGGACAAAUAUUUCCAGAAUCUACCAACCUACUAAACUUGCGAUAUUUAUAUCUGGAUAGCAAUAAGUUCUCGGGCACCAUUCCAAGUAGCUUGUUUCUCAGCUUUCUAAAGGUGUUAGACAUUAGUAACAACAAUUUGUCUGGCAGAAUUCCCACAUCAGUGGGUAAUAUGACAAGAUUGGGACACGUUUCUAUGUCUAAUAACCAGCUUGAGGGUCCAAUCCCGGUUGAAAUUUGCAAUCUCGAUAAUCUUCUCCUCUUAGAUUUAUCUGAGAACAAGUUAUGUGGUUCAGUCCCAUCUUGCUUCAAUACAUCGAGGAUAAGACAUGUCUAUCUAAACAANUAA